AUGAACAAUCUCCCAACUCAUCUCUGGAAGUGAGACGCAUAUGAAAAGAACAAAUUCACUCGGUUUAUCCGGGACAUUUUAGAACAUACCCACGGCUGUCGGCUCCGAUUUUUGUUAGCUUCAACGUCCACGGAGCGUGAGAUAUUUAAUGAAUUUCGCGAAGUUAUGACCGGUGUACAGUUAAAACUAUGUACAAAUUUAAUUCGACGUAAAAUGUCGAGCAAAAAGUAAAAAGAAAGAUUGAUUGCGAAUGCGUUCAAUUUUCCGAAGCGUCUGUACGAGAACAGAUAUAGAAUUUUAAGGUUAGAAGUUGAAUGUCAGAGAAGACUCAGGAAUCCUGCUUCUUCCUCGUUUUGUCCGACGAGUAGACAGAUAGAAGAAAAUAAUAUACAACGAUGGCGUUACACAUUGUACCUCCGAAGCGUAAAGAGAUUUACAAGUACGAGGCACCCUGGCCUCUGUACAGUAUGAAUUGGUCCGUACGUCCAGACAAAAGAUUUCGUUUAGCAUUGGGUAGCUUUGUCGAAGAGUAUAACAACAAAGUUCAAAUUGUGUCACUCGACGAAGAAACAUCUGAGUUUAGUGCUAAAAGUACAUUCGAUCAUCCGUAUCCGACUACGAAAAUAAUGUGGAUUCCUGAUAGCAAAGGACUAUUUCCUGAUUUACUGGCCACAUCUGGUGAUUAUUUAAGAGUAUGGAGAGCAGGAGACUCAGAAACACGCUUGGAAUGUGUAUUAAAUAAUAACAAGAAUUCUGACUUUUGUGCCCCCUUAACAUCAUUCGAUUGGAACGAAGUCGACCCAAACCUAAUCGGCACUUCGAGCAUCGACACUACUUGUACUAUAUGGGGUUUGGAAACGGGACAAGUGUUGGGUCGGGUUAAUAUGGUUACAGGCCAUGUUAAAACUCAGUUAAUUGCUCAUGAUAAGGAAGUGUACGACGUAGCGUUCAGUAGGGCUGGCGGUGGUCGUGAUAUGUUUGCCUCGGUUGGAGCCGAUGGUUCAGUGAGAAUGUUUGAUCUACGUCACUUAGAGCAUUCGACAAUAAUUUAUGAAGAUCCACAGCACACUCCCUUAUUAAGACUAGCAUGGAAUAAACAAGAUCCCAAUUACCUCGCCACGGUGGCAAUGGAGGCUUGCGAAGUUAUUAUCCUGGAUGUACGAGUACCUUGCACCCCAGUUGCCAGGUUAAAUAAUCACAGGGCAAGUGUCAAUGGCAUUGCAUGGGCACCACAUUCGUCCUGCCACAUCUGUACAGCGGCUGACGAUCAUCAAGCUUUAAUAUGGGACAUUCAGCAAAUGCCACGAGCCAUUGAAGAUCCUAUUCUUGCAUAUACAGCCGCAGAAGGUGAAGUUAAUCAAAUCCAGUGGGGUGCGACGCAGCCAGACUGGAUUGCUAUCUGUUAUAAUAAAGCAGCAGAAAUCCUUCGAGUAUAAAUAGCCUUUUGUAGGCGAUGUACUACCAAGGUACAGGAUCAUCAAUUUGAACAAUGAUAAAUUUUAUUGCAUGCAGAUUGAAUCUCAGCUGAUAAGAUCCUCAAAUAGAUCGAGGUAAUUGCAAUCAAAGUACAAUGAUUCAUAUCGUGCAUUCAUUGUGCGGCAAAUAUGUACUCAUCGAAUCGUUGUUCUUGCGCCUACCAAGGCGAAAAUCAUGUAAAAUAGUGCGAUUUUAAGAAGACGUGAAUCCAUAGACUGAUAGGUUAUAUUUAUAGUCCUACCAUUACACUGUGAACGUGACUGGUGAAUUCUUUUGUGUUCCCCUCACUGGUUGAGGUACGUAACUUCAAAAAAAAAAAAUCUUUCUAUUAUUAUGAGAAAUGUAUAAUUCCGUAAGUACAUUUCACAAUUUCUUUUCAAAUUCAUGCUGUACUAUUUGCGAUGUUGUGUUAACGUCAUUUUGUUGUUUGUUGGCAAAAUUAUAUAUAUCGAACUUGUCUACUUUGGGUAUUAACAAAUCUACCGAUUUAUAGUGCAAUUGAAUUCAACGAAAACUUGACGAUCCAUUUAGGACACUACGUUCUGUUCGUAGUAUUUUAUGGUUUGGGUGUGCCCUUAAUAUCCCAAGGUAGAAUUGUGUAAUUCUUCAAUGUUAAUAACACACGAGUGCGACUAAGAAGAUAUUCUUUGAUUAAUUAAGUACAAUUCGAAAAGUUAUUAACCGUAGUGCAAGAUUUCCCCCUGUCACGCGAUUUGUAUAUAUGUUUAUAUCUUCCUGCACUCAAAGAAAUAAGUACAUCAUUAAUGUAUCGGAUUACUAUUAAGACUAGGUUAAAGUUUUGCAACAGUAUUUUAAAUUUAAUACGACCAGAUAGAUACUAGAGUUCCCCUAAAGCUUAACAAAUGAUAAAACUAGUUAUACAAUCAGUUAUAUAAGUUCCGUAAAAAGGAAAGCGGUAAAAUUAGACGAUUUAAAAGAAAAAACAUAAAAUAAAGUUUCUUAAAUAAUGCAUUCAGUUUAUUGGGAUCGUUAUCGUUCUAAUAGUAUUCUUAUCAUUCACAUUCGUAAUCCUGUUUGACGUGAUAUUCUGCCUUAUAUUUGCAUUAUUGCAUUGCUUCAUAUUUUGCAUUAUAUUUCCGUCGAGUGUACAGCUGUUCUGAAGCGUGAUUGAUAAAAAAAAAAAAAAGGUAAAGAGGAGUGUAUCGGUUCGUGAUAGGUCAAUUUUUAUGAUAUGGUGACACAGGGUCAAAUGCUGGAUUAAACAGAGAGAGCAUUAUUUCCUAAAAUCGUACUUAAACCACGAAAGAGUUCUUCUUUGUACCAAUAAUCAUAAACAGUUGUACAAUACGUGUCUCAAUUAUCCGAAACGUACGCGUGAAUGUCGGGUUUUUAUAUGUAAAUGUUCCAAUUACAAACAUGUAAUAUUGUAUUUAGGUCUAAUAUAAAUUUUUAUACCUACAACGA